AUGGGGGAGGGAGGAGGUGAAAACUUCGACGGUGUGAGCACCGACCGCCUUAAGCUGGAGUUGCUGGAAGAAAUCCACAUGAAGGAUAUUGUGCAACUCUCAAUGCUUGAAAUAAGACACAAGAUAGCAGAACUGGAAGCCAAACUUAAGGGUGAUGAUGAAGGUGGUGAAUGGAAAAUCCGUUAUGAGACACAACUUGAAUUAAAUGAUCAGCUAGAAAAACAAAUUGUUUCUCUGAAAGAGAAAAUGGAAAAAUUCCGUGGAAAUCCUUCAGAUAGACUGUCUUCUAUUCGUGCCUAUGAACGAAUGCCAGUGGAAUCUUUAAAUACAUUACUUAAACAGCUAGAAAAGCAAAAAAGGAGUCUUGAGAAUCAAAUCAAAGACUAUGCACUUAAAUUGGAACAAGAAUCAAAGGCUUACCACAGGACCAACAAUGAACUCCAAAUAUACCUUGCUGAGAUGUCUCAGGCCUCAGGCUCACAUCAGGUUUCUACAAGGCAACAACACAUGGAGCAACUGCCAAAAAUGAAGGAGAAUCUAGUGAAAAUGGGAAGAUUUAAUCCAGUUCACCAGAAGACAGUGAAUGCCAAGAGAGGACCAGUAAAAAAGGUUACAAGAUCAAACCAUCUUCCAAAACUCAAUCCAUGA